CUGUAAACACUGCAAAUGCACAUGGUCCGAGCAAUUGUAUAUUCGACUCGAUUCUCGAAUCUAGUAAGGUUUGGUUUCGAACUUUGUUUACAUCGUGUUUGCACGUUGCAAAAUAUAUAUUAUCUAACGAAUAACUUAUUCAUUCAGUUGAAUAUAAACGAUUUGGUGAUCUUAUUGACAACCGAGUACUAAUUAUCAAUAUUAUUCUUAAAAAUUGUUUUUAAAAUGACUGUCAAACGUUCAUCAGCUAAAGAUAAUAAUCUCAAAGGAAAAAUUGCAAAAUUAAAGGAUGAAGAAACAACUAUUGAUUAUACUAAAUCUUUAACAUCAGGGGAUGUCGAUUUGAUUGAAUCUGGAGAUGAAAAAUUGUCUAAAAUUGAAGGAAAACCUAAAAAACUAUUGGUUAAAAAAAAAGAAAAUAAGAAAAAAGAAAUAUCAACUACAUCAGAAUCUAUUAAAAACAAAAAAGGAUCUAAAAAACCAAAAGGAAAACCAGACAAAAAAGAAGAUAAACCUACAGAAAAACCUAAUUGGAAAGAGUUUAAAAAAGAAAAGCAAGACUUGCGAGUGAAACGUAAGCAACAAAGGUGUCCAUUUUACGAGACCACCUUAAAAGUUAAACAGUUAUGGGAAAACGUACGCAGAGAGGAUUGUCCCAAAGAGAAAAAAGAAACAUUGUUGAACGAUCUUCUUAAAUUUUCCAAGUCUCACUUAGAACCUAUGGUUCAGUCACACGAUACAUCGCGUAUCGUUCAAUGGAUGUUGAAAUUAGGAACGCCUGAAAUUCGUACACAAGUAAUUAACGAGUUGAUAAAACAUGUUCCGAAAAUGCUACUCUCCAAGUACGCUUCUUUGUGUGUCAAAAACAUGUUGAAACACGGAGAUGUUGAACAACGAAAACUCAUGAUUAACUCGUUGAAAGGAAAAACGUAUGAGCUUACAUUGCGUACCAAUGCUUCGAAAAUAAUGGAUUUGAUCUACACGACUUACGCAACUCCGGAGCAGCAGAAUUCAAUGAUGCACGAAAUGUACGGAGCAUCAAACAUUUUAUGUGAAGCGCAAAAUGUGCUCUCGUUUGCUGAUGUUCUAAAGAAUUCCCCAAACACCAAAGACAUUAUUCUCGCAAAGACUAAAGAACACAUUAAAAAAUUCAUGUUAAAGGAGAAGAACUCCAUGCAGACCACGUUGGUACACAAUUUGAUUUAUGAGUACAUUUUGUAUACUGGUGGUAAAGAUUGUGGUGAACUUUUUACAUCACUUAGAGAAUUUCCGCUGGAACAUUUCUAUACAUCCAAGAGUGGGUGUCAUAUCGCUAUGUACAUAUUGUGGACAUCAUCGCCUAAAGAAAAAAAAUCUAUUCUGAAGCAUAUUAAAACUACUGGAGCUACUAAUGAUUUAGUAAAUAUGGAAUUUGGACAUUUAAUUUUGUUAGCACUUUUCGAUUCUGUUGAUGACACAGUGCUUGUAAAAAAGACAAUUAUUCCAGAAAUAUUAAAUAACUUAGACACUAUUGCUACUAAUGAAUAUGGUCGUAGAGUCAUAUUGUACUUGGUUUCUUGGAGAGAUUCGUCAUAUUUUCAUCCACAUGAUAUUGAAGAAUUAAAGAGGGGCGAUUCUGUUAAAGACAGUAAAAAAGAAGAUGAGAUACGCGUCAAAGAAUUGUUGAAUGCUGUUUCUGAUCGUAUUCUCAAACAUGUUCAAGAAAACCCACAGUUUUGGUUAAGUAACUCAUCAAUAGCAAUGGUUUUGCUAGGAAUUCUGAAAUCAGGAAGUGGUGAAAAUUUAAAAGAAGCAAUGACAGCUAUUGCGAAUCAUAUAGUGAAUUCGGAUAAUCAAUUAACUGAAAAAGAAAAACAAGUCCCGAUGUAUGAGCACGCUGGUCUUCACAUGAUGUUACGAAAACUGAUAGGCCACGACCAGGCUAUAGUUGACAAAGAUCAAACGACGUUUUCCGAAAUUUUAUCGUUGUCAUUGACUAAAGAUAUAUUGAAAUCCUGGGUGCAGUGCAAUCGUACAUGCUUCUUGCUUGUUGCUAUUUUUGAAUCCAAAAUCGAUUCGGCCAUAAAGAACAUAAAAUCGUUAAUGACUCCGACUUUGAUGAAAACAUUGCAAACCAAUAGUUUUUCAGGGGCCAAAGUGUUAAUAAAAAAACUUAAGGAGAAAGCAUAAUAUCAAUAAUCCUAUUUGUUAAUACUUUUUACUAAAUGUAUUACGUGUUACAUUGUUAAUGUAAAUCACUUAUGUAAGGUAUAUAAUAUUACUUUUUAGGUAGAGAUUUAAUUUUUUGUAAGUUAAAACAAUAUUAUAUUCUUACUUUUGUGAUAUUUUUAUUUUUGAUGUUAUUAUAUUUUCUACAAUAUGACACAAUUGUAAAAAAUAAAUACAAAUAGAAUUUUGACUAUG